CACUGAGACAGUAACAAUGAUAGCUUUGCUGGUGCUUGCGCUGUUUGCUCACUCCUCUGCUGCGCCUCUGUCGUCUGAGGACAAAGACGACUUGCUUUUAGCAGAGAAAUACCUUCGUCGCUUCUAUGGCCUUCCAGCAGGUCUACAGGGUAGACAAGGGCAGCCAUCAGAUGCCCUCAAGGCCAAGAUCAAAGAGAUGCAGAGAUUCUUCAAUCUCAAGGUGACAGGGAAUCUGGAUGAGAACACUUUGGAGCUGAUGAAGGAGCCCAGGUGCGGUGUCCCAGAUAUUGGGGAGUACAACCACUUUCCUCGACACCUCAAAUGGCCAAAUACCGACGUAACAUUCAGGAUUGUGAAUUAUACACCAGACCUGAAGAAGUCUGACGUGGACAGAGCCAUUCGCAAUGCGCUGAACGCUUGGUCGGAUGUCACACCUCUGACCUUUAAGAAGCUAUACAAGGGCAACGCUGACAUUAUGAUCAGUUUUGGAUCCAAAGAGCAUGGAGACUACAACCCCUUUGAUGGGCCUAAUGGACUGCUGGCUCAUGCUUACCCCCCGGGCGAAGGCAUCGGGGGAGACACUCACUUUGAUGAGGACGAAGAUUGGACCAAAGAUUCCUCCGCUUACAACCUGUUCAUAGUGGCAGCCCAUGAGUUAGGACAUGCCCUCGGUAUGUCCCACUCCACAGACCCGGGCGCCCUGAUGUAUCCCGUCUACUCGUACAGCACAGGCUACCCUCUGGCUGAAGAUGACAUUGAAGGAAUCCAAGCUCUCUAUGGUCCAAACCCAAACUCAAGGAAAGUGAAGCCAAGGCCUGACGCACCAACCAAAUGUGACCCGAUGUUGAGUUUUGACGCUGCCACAGAGCUCAGGGGGGAGACGGUCAUCUUCAAAGACAGAUUCUACUGGCGUCUCCACCCUCAGAUGCCGGAGCCUGAGCAGACGCUGAUCAAGUCCACAUGGCCUUCCAUACCCAACAAAGUGGAUGCAGCUUAUGAGAACCCAGAGAAGGAUCUCGUCAUCAUAUUCAGUGGGAUCCGAAUGUGGGCGCUGAACGGGUACAAUCUCGUGGAUGGUUAUCCAAAGUACAUUCACAAACUCGGCCUUCCCAAGACCAUCAGGAAAGUAGAUGCGGCGGUGCACAUUGGAGACACAGGCAAAACUCUACUUUUCACUGACGAGGAAUACUGGAGCUACGAUGAAGCGUCGGGCACCAUGGACACUGGCUACCCACGAUCCAUUGAGGACGAUUUUCCAGGAAUGAGUGAUGAGGUUGAUGCCGCUGUGUAUCACUAUGGAUACUUGUAUUUCUUCCAUGACCACGUGCAGUACGAGUACAGUUACACCUCAAAGAAAGUCAUUCGCAUCAUGAGGACCAACGCAAUUCUCAACUGCUGAUGAAGUGGUCAGCAACCGGUUUAUACCAUGUCAUAAUGACUUUGUGACAGACACAAUAUAUGCAGACAUGUUAAAAUGAGACUUCAGAAGAUGUGAUGAUCCCAUGAAUGUUGAGAAAAAUGGUCACAUGCACAGAGAAGUUAUUUAUUUUUACUUGUGCUGGUCACAUGUACAUAGUUCACGUCAACUGUCAGACACAGAAAGCUUGAGGUUUCCUCGUAUAUCUAUGUUCAAUAAGAUUAUUGCUAUUUAUUUUACAACUACACACACACACACACAUUAUCUCUAGCCUUAACCAUAACCAGUUAAUGCCCAACCCAAACCUCAAUCUAACUAUCAAAUGUUAGCCCUAAACUUAACCAGCUCCUCUGAAAUGAGUUUCUGCCGGAAAAAAAGCAACAAAUACAAGAACAUGUAAUGACCUACUUUUCCCACUAGAGAGCACUCAGCAGUUGAAGUACACAAAGGUCCCAUUCAGGUCCAAGGAUUAUGUUCCAGCAAAACCAGAAGCUGCAGUUUCAAAAGAUUCAUUUCACCAAAUACCUCUUUAUCUAAAUAAUGAGAGAAUUACAGACUUAAAGGGUUAUUCCACAUGUCUACCUACAUAGAAUUCUAAGAGCGGAUUUCAACCAAAUACGACAUAUCAACAGUGAGAAUGUAUUUAUGAAUACUCCACUGGAAUUUUUGUACACACAUUGCCCAUAGCGCCCUUAAGGUGACAACAACCAACUAUGCAUAAUAUACUGUAGUCCAGCGGUUUCCUCUUGUUUAGACAAACGCAAACAAAUGUGUCAAAACAGAAAUAGACCACAGUGACCUGCACAUAUUCGAUGAAGCUCAGUUGUGUUACAGUACCAAAAAGUUGAGCUCAGCAUGUUAUACAUCUCUUUUCUUUUCAGGCUAACACUUGUAUUUUGCUUUUUAAAUUGCUCCUGUAUACAGAAUGCAUUUUGAAAAAGAGAGAAAUCCUGUUACCCCAGAUUAUGAGGUACAUUGCUUGGUGUCAUGGUAAAGUAGUAUGUAAUGCUGACCUUGCAAGAAUAAUCAUUCACUCGGCAGAGUGAUUUAUCUGAGAACAUUUUGUUAAAGUGUACGCAUCACUUUUACCCUCCUUUGUUCACCAGAGAGAAUCGCCAUGUCGUGCUUAUAGGAAACAUGCCAAACUCUUUGAAUUGUCCAUUGAAUUGUUGUAUAGGAUGCAACAGAAGCUAAAUAAAACUCACGCAAAUAA